CCCAUUUGUAAAAUUUUGUAUGCAGUGCAAAUUUUUAAUAAUAAAAUUUAGUAUUAAAAAUGAACGCGGACACAGAAGGGGACUCGGAAGUCUGCAUAACAUUUGAUGAACUGAGAUGCUUUGAUGUUGAGGACAUACCAACGUGCGUUUCAGUAAAAUCUGCAUUGACAAUAUGCGAGAAAAGUGUAGCAGAUCUUAGCGCAAAAACUGUGGAAGUACUAAGUUUAUGGUUGCGAAAACUACUCAGAGGCUAUUUAAAUGAUUAUGAAUGCAACAUACAGAUUUUUAAGUGUUUGUAUGAGUGGCUGAUGUCUCUGAAGGAUGAUGUGAGUCCUGAGAAUAAAGAGGCCUGCGCUGAUUUUAUUUUAGUUUUAACUGAUGCUGUGGACUUUGCUGAGUGGGCAAAGGUAAAGCUGCUAGCAACUGGCGAACGAUUGAUGCACGUAACAGUAUUCCUUCUCAUGGCAAUCGUCUAUAGCUGCCUUGAAAUGUGCAAUGAGUACCAUGUAGAGGCGCUUAAGGAGCAUGAAUCCAAGGCUAUAGAACUGCAUUUAAAUGUAUUAAAUAUGCUGGGAAAUAUUACAAAUUCAUCCACUCGAGUCCAUCCGCGCGUUACACCACUAUUACGCCACAUGAUAGAAAUUGCAGACUUUCUUAGUCUUAAUCCUACGCAUCUAAAUGCUUUUGUAAAGACCAGCAAGACUAUGACCGCUAUAUGCGCUCACUAUAAUAGCAUGGAGGCCAGCCAGGAUGAAAUGAAAGCCAUGCCUGAGUGGAUGCAGGACACGUUGCUGCAUCUCUGUGAUACAGUGCUGAAUCAACUUGAAACAGUUAAUGAUCAGAGCUCCUCAGUUCCUGAAGAGCAAAUGAAAGUUAUACAUGUCUAUCUAAUUAUGAUACACAAAUUAUUAAGCACUGGAGCUAAACAUAUGGAUACAAAUGUUUUGGAGGGCCUUUUCUUGAUACUGAGUGGAGGUGAAAGUAAGCCAAAUCCUGAUAUAAACCCUGAAAUUCAAUCGCUCAAAGCCAAAUAUAUGCAUCCAUUUAUUAUGCAACUUUAUAAGCUUCUCUAUCAGCAUGAAGAUUUCCAAAAGUAUUUGAUCGCUUGUCUGACUGAGUCGGCAAAUGCAAAAGUAGCCUACGAUGAUAUAUGCUUGGACUAUGUAAAUGCUUGCAUUAUAGAUGAUACGGAGCUCAGUAAGCUUACUUAUAAAACUUUAUAUGCGAUUUUUGAUUAUUUUUGCAAAGAUGCUGGCAAUUUUUGUAAUGCGGCGCGUUAUAAAAGUAUUCUGGAAGUCUUCGCCAGUCUCGUCCAUGUAACGUGCUGUGCGGAAUUAUUCAAUUACUUUUGCUGUGGAGUGUUUGCUGAUGAUAUCAUAAGGUCACAAAUGUCCGCAGAUGUGCUUAUGCUGAGUUACCGUCUGGAAGAGCAGCAAUGCGGCUGGACUGAAAAUGCUUUAACAAAAGUGACCAAAUAUUGGAUCAAGUGCAAUAAUUCAUAUGCAAUCUUCUCGCAGAAUCCAAGUCAAUUGCACGUAGAACGCAUGCUUAAAUAUUUUCACAAUUUAAAAAAAUUACAUGAGCCACCUGCAUUCAAUUUACAUAACUAUCGCUAUAUUAGCUGUGUAUUCGCUAACCAAAUUGACAAACAUCAUUUGUGGGUGAUGAAACUGCAACGCCUAUUUCAGAGUCCACUGAACGAUAUUGAACAGUAUUACGAAAUUCUUGCUCUAAUAUCGUUGGUAUCGACCUCGUCAAAAUAUUGGUUGCUGAACUUGCCAACUGGCUUGAAGGAGCUGUUAGUAAAGGGCACCUAUGACCGCUUGAAUAACGUGUUUUUUAAGCUGGCGCUUAAUACCGAUUCAGCUUCAAGACUGCUCAUCCUAGAAACACUAAUGCCGGCAAAAUCUGUUGCCACCAGCUGUUGGUACGGGCAACGCUUUCUGCAUAUGUGCCAAAAGAGCGGAAAUCCGAAGAUUAUUUCUCUGACAGAACAGCAUGUACCUGCCCCAGAGUUGCGCCCACUUUUAGAUAUGAUACAGCCAUCGUAUUCGUGUCCUAAACCCAACACGGACAGUCCGCAAAUUAUUUAUAACAAUCUGGCAUAUAAGAGUAGACAACCUCAUCGUUGCACACAGUCAAACCUAAAACGUAAACGUUCUGAAUGUGACUCAAAGAAUAUUUUGGGACAGCUUCAGCUGAAUGCACAACAGUUAAGCUCCGUUGAAUUGGAUGCUACCGACCUAAAACAGCUAAGUGGUGUUGUUAAAACUUUACAAGAUAUUUUAACAAAACAGUAG